UUUAGACAAGUAUAAAUAAAGUUUGAUUGGCAACCAGAACCUUCCUCAUUAUGGGAACAAUUUUAAUUUUUCUACUUGCUGGUUUGUUAGCAGCUAAAGGGAAUGCAGAAACGUAUAUCGUAAAAGCUCCGCGUAGAUUGGAAGGUCCUAAGGGAGAGCCUGGACAUCGCGGUGUAAAAGGAGAUACAGGGAGUCCUGGAGAAAAAGGCAUAACUGGUCAAAAGGGAUACCCAGGAAGACACGGUGAAACGGGAAUGCGAGGAGAUGCAGGUCACAAUGGAAUAAGAGGGCCACCGGGAGAGAUUGGUCUAAGAGGUCCACCUGGUAAAACUGGAUUUGAUGGAAUACCAGGUUUUAGUGGUUUCAAAGGUGAGGAGGGAAGAAGAGGUGCUUGUGAUUUCAAGGUAAGUAAAUAUCAUGAUGAAUAUAAGAUGUGUUUUAAAAAAAUACAUUUCGUUCAUUUAUUUUGUCCUCCUUGUAACAUUCGUGCGUUAUCUAAGAAAUAAGUGCAGCAAUGUGAUCCAUGCAAAUAUAGUUCCAGUUGGAGAAAUGUGAGUUAAACGGUAAUCAAAAUACCCGGCGUAUUUAAGAGGUAUUUGUAAGCAAUAUUUUGGUAGAUCCUAAAAAAGCUUAAGUGAAGAUCAGUUCAAUUGUUGACAUGACCGAGUUAAACGGCAGCUGCCGUUUUUGCAAGAACUUAAGUAGAAUAAAAAUAUGUAGUAAAAAUACAUUGAUUCUGCACAUAUUUGGUUAUUUUGUUAUCUUUUAAUUAACAUUUAAUGCUUUUUUUUAGAAAAUAAAUGGACUGGUACAUAAGUUAUACGAACUUCGUAAAAAAUAUCUAGACUUAAAUAAUCAGGCCAUUCGUGCCCUCUCAUCUUAAAGGGUAACGCAAUUAAUCUGUUUCUCGUCUUAUUUUGUUUUCUUUUAUUUUUUGUUUAUUUCCUUUUUUUAUCCAUUUUAUUUCGGUCACUUCUGCAUGCGUUUCUUUUCUUUUGCUCAGUUAAUUCGCGCUUAUCCUAUUCGAACAAUUUUUAUUUCAAAUAGAUACAUCAGUGAUCUCCAACGCGACUGCUUGGUACAAGAAACAACAGCUAGAAAAGUAUCAAAGAUAUAAACAUUAGAAUUUGUUAGACACUAGAUCGAUUAC